AUGAACCCUUCGAACCCACCCCAAACGGCGGAGUACGGUGGAGAUGAGGUUUCCGCCAUCGUUCUCGACCCCGGCUACUCAACCACUCGCGCCGGCUUUGCUGGUGAAGAUGCUCCCAAGUCGCUGAUCUCAACCUACUACGGCAAAUACACCGCCGACGGUCAAGAACGACUUCUCUACGGGGAUGAUAUCUAUGUGAACCCUCACCCUGGAUUCUCAGUACACAACCCUAUGGGCAGAGAUGGCAUUGUCGAAGAUUGGGACAUGGCCGAGAAGGUCUGGGAAUACUCGAUCACCUCUCGACUCACCACUGCGAAGCCUGGCAAUCCAUUCCAAAACGGUCUGAAUGAUAUACCUGCCGAAGAACUGCCCACAGAGAUGGAAGUGGAAACGGAUGAGAAGCCUCUCGCGGACAGCCCGCUCCUUAUGACCGAAUCCGCGUGGAACCCGGCCAAGGCUCGCGAGAAGACGAUUGAAAUUGCGAUGGAAAAAUGGGGGACACCUGCGUUUUAUCUAGCGCGAAGUGGUGUGCUGGCUGCUUUCGCAUCUGGAAAAGCGUCGGGUCUUGUUGUCGACAUUGGUGCCUCAAAUAUCUCAAUUACCCCUGUGCACGACGGCAUGAUUCUCAAGCGGGGCAUUCAACAUUCACCACUUGGCGGCGACUACGUCUCUUCUCAAAUUCGCGCUUUGUUCAAGAAGAACUCUCCGCAACCCAUUACCGUCACCCCUCACUACCUCGUCAACUCCAAAUCCCCCGUUGAGGCCGGUCAACCACCCCAAGCCAAAUACCGCACAUUCCCCGCAGACAAGGCGCCUGACGCGUCCUGGCGAGCUCUGCUGGAGGAGCGCACCUUGUCUGAAUUCAAAGAGUGCGUCGUCCAGGUCUGGCCCGGACCCAACAAGCUCUCUGCAGCGUCACCCACGGGUGCACCGAACGAGGAAGUGGCCCGCUCUUCACCAGGUCGUCCAUUCGAAUUCCCCGACGGAUACAACCAAGUCUUUGGCGUCGAUCGCUUCCGCGUGGUCGAGUCCCUCUUUGAUGCAAAGGCUGCGAUUGCGGACCCCGAUUCGCCAUUCCCUGCUCCCACACAAGCGCAGACUAUCCCCGAGUUGAUCAAGGCGUCUCUGGGUGGUGUUGAUGUCGACAUUCGUCCGCACUUGCUGAACAACGUGGUUGUCACUGGCGGAUCGAGUCUGAUGUACGGAUUCACAGAUCGUCUCAACCACGAGCUGCAGCAGCUCUACCCUGGCCCUCGGGUGCGUAUCUCUGCGCCUGGAAAUACUGCCGAGCGUCGCUUUGGAUCUUGGAUUGGUGGCAGUAUCUUGGCCAGUCUGGGUACCUUCCACCAGAUGUGGAUCUCGAAGAAGGAGUAUGAGGAGCACGGUGCGAACAUUGUUGAAAAGCGGUGCAAGUAG